GGGAGACGGGUGGGGCCUCCGGACCUGCAGGGGACGACCUCGGGCUUUCGGGAGUGAACAACCGUGGGAAACAGGGGAUGGCGCAGACAGAUGGACUCACCCCGCCCAGGGAGGCCCCUGGCCAGCCCCGAGUGUCCAAGCUGGUCCUCCUGGGAAGUGGCUCCGUGGGCAAGUCCAGCCUGGUGCUCCGGUACGUGAAGGACGACUUCAAGAGUGUCCUGCCAACUGUGGGAUGUGCGUUCUUCACAAAGGUGGUGGAUUUGGGAGCCUCGUCUCUGAARCUUGAGAUCUGGGACACGGCUGGCCAGGAGAAGUACCACAGCGUCUGCCACCUCUACUUCAGGGGCGCCAAUGCCGCGCUGCUGGUGUACGACAUCACCAGGAAGGACUCCUUCCACAAGGCCCGGCAGUGGCUGGCAGACCUGGAGAAGGAGCUCCACCCAGGGGAGGGCGUGGUGAUGCUGGUCGGCAACAAGACGGACCUUGGCGAGCAGCGGGAGGUGACUUUCCAGGAAGGGAAGGAGUUUGCCGAGAGCAACAAGCUGCURUUCAUGGAAACCUCCGCCAAGCUGAACCUCCAGGUGUCCGAGGUCUUCAGCACCGUGGCGCAAGAGCUACUGCAGAGGGAGGCCAGGCAGAGCCACAGYGCACAGGGGGAUGCAGCCGUGGUUCUGAAUGCGAGUCCUGCCCCGCAGGCCAAAUGCUGUGCCCGUUAGAAGUGCUACUCCAGGGGGCCAUGGAAGGACGUCCAAGGCCAGGCCUGGGGGUCUCCAGGGUGAGCUGCUUUCGGCUUGGCUCUUCAUCAGUUGCACUUCRUGGCUGGUGCUGGACUGUGCCUGAGGGCUGGCGGCUUCCAGAAGUUGGCGUCCUUGGUCAUACCCAGUUCCCAAAGCUGGGGGUGAUUGUCAGGGGAGGAUAGGGUGUCAGAUGGCUCCCAGAAGACUGUUGCCCACCAUGGCAGAUCCUGGACACCCCAGUCACCUAAUUGAUUGCUUUGUCACCAAACGUGGAGGGUUGGUAUGAGGCAGAGAGGAAGCAGAGAUCAGGACUCUGAUGAUAGCCAUGGUGGACAGACACCUCCAUCUGGCUUGGCAGGAAUGCUGGGCUAGGGCUGGGCCCACCUGCUUCUGGGAGGUGGGAGAGAAGGAAGAGGCCCCCAGGGAGGUGGCGGUACCCGAAGAAAUGGAGUGAUGGACCUGGGUGGCUGAUCUCAGGCGGUGGCCCUGGGGAAGGUGCCAGUGGCAGGCUGCUGAGGUGAGUAGGCAGCCACAGUCCUGCUGGGAGCACAGAGGCUCYGACUUGUACCCUGACGUGGAA